AUGGCUCUCCACUCUCGGCUCGUGCUCGUGCUGCUGUGCGGAUGGAGUUAUCUGUGCGUUGGAUACUGCGCGAUGCUGAGAACGGACAGUUUCCCCGACAGACGGAGGGUGGAUUUUACGCGUUCGGAGGAUAAUAAUAAUAACAAUAAUAAUAAUAAUAAUAAGCAGCCCGUGAAAGACGACCUGGAUCUGCUUUUACAGGAUACAAUGACGGAACACAUGCAGAUGCUUUACGCGAAGUACAACCGGGCUGGCUUUCCCUCCAAGGACGGCAACACGGUCCGCAGCUUCAAAGCGCACUGGGGCACGAUGAACAAGAAGCAGCUGCAGAUCUUCAACCUCACCUCGCUCACCAAGUCCGAGGACGUUCUGUCCGCCACGCUUCAUUAUUACAUCGGAGACCUUCAGAACGGCACCCGGGGCUGCGCCCGCUCCAAAGGCUGCGCACGCCACGGCCCCCGGAGGCACGACCACAUCCACAUGGUCAUCUGGAGCUUCGCCUCCGUGGACAACAAGAUCAGGACUCUGGGACACUUCCGGCUCAACGUGUCCACCCUCUACCAGGACUUCAUCUCCUGGCAGUGGAAGGACGUGACCCGCGUGGUCGACCAGGCCAAGCACCACGACGAGCUGCUCAUCGGGAUCGACGUGGCCUCCCAAGGGCCCCGGCCGUGGAAGAAGCUCCUGUCCGACCGCUCGCCCUACAUCCUGGUCUACGCCAACGACUCGGCCAUUUCGGAACCGGAGAGCGUGGUGGCCACCCUCCAGAGGCACCACCCGGUUGGGGGAGAGGCCUCCGUUUCGCACGGCUUCCAAAAACUCGGACUGCGCGAGCGGCGAAACGACACGGAGCGAGAGCCGCCGCCGGCGCCCAGAGGCAAGCGCUCGGUGAACGUCCUGCUGCCGCUGCAGAACAACGAGCUGCCGGGGCCCGAGUAUCCGUACGAGACGCCCGGGUGGGACCAGGCGAGCCCGUACGAGCCCUUCGAAAACAAGCAGAGCCGCCGGCCGCGCAAGAAGACGCGCAAGAAUCAGCGGCACAAGAUGCCCCUGCUGCAGUUCGACGAGCAGACCAUCAAGAAGGCGCGGAAGAAGCAGUGGAACGAGCCGAGGAACUGCGCUCGCAGGUACCUGAAAGUGGACUUCGCCGACAUCGGAUGGAGCGAGUGGAUUAUAUCGCCCAAGUCCUUCGAUGCCUACUACUGCUCCGGGUCCUGCCAGUUCCCCAUGCCGAAGGCCCUGAGGCCCUCCAACCACGCCACCAUCCAGAGCAUCGUGCGGGCGGUGGGCGUCGUGCCCGGCAUCCCCGAGCCGUGCUGCGUGCCGGAGAAGAUGACGUCCCUCAGCAUCCUCUUCUUCGACGAGGACAAGAACGUGGUGCUGAAAGUCUACCCCAACAUGACUGUGGAUUCUUGCGCCUGUAGAUAG